AAUAUUAACAGAAUGUUAUUAAUUUGCUUUUGACAAAGAAUGGGUGUAAACAAGAGCCUUUAAAAAGCACUGACAUUUAAGAUGUGACUAGACAGGUGAGGACCUCCACAGCUAAGUCCGAUAUUGCAAGAGGGAUCUGUAGAUACUUCAGACAUGUAUAGAUGGAACUAUUCUGUAGGAUAUUUGGUCCUGUUUGGUCUUGGGACUUAUUUACUCUUUCUCCUCUUUCUGGGACAACCUCAAAACAACUUUCAGAAAGUUAAUGAAAAAAUGACAUCAGUGCCUGCAAGAACUACAGAGAACCUAUCCAAUGCCACUCAACCAAAUGUGGUAUUAGACUGCAUAGAAAAUGCAUCAUUUGCGAAGAAUGAAAAUGUUUUGAUAUUACCAGACCACAUAAAGGACUUUCUGAAGUAUAGACACUGUAAGAGUUUCCCACUCCUUCGGGAAACUCCAAAGAAAUGUGGUGGUCCUGAGCAGUCAGACAAAGUCUUUCUCCUUCUUGCUAUCAAGUCCUCACCUAAGAACUAUGCACGUAGAGAGGCCAUUCGUAAAACCUGGGGAGGAGAGCGAAUAUAUGAAGGAGUGCAAAUACAGCGUCUGUUCAUACUUGGAGUCACUUCAGAUCAGAAACAAAAAAAGAAACUUCAGCACCUCCUCUCAAUUGAGAGUGAAGAAAAUGGGGACAUCCUUCAGUGGGAUUUUUAUGACACUUUCUUCAAUUUAACUCUAAAGCAGGUACUUUUCCAUGAGUGGCUAGAGCAAAACUGUCCCCAUGUAAAAUUUCUGCUGAAUGGUGAUGAUGAUGUGUUUGUUAAUUCUGAUGCUGUUGUGCAGUAUUUAUUAGGUCUAAAUGGAAACAAUGGUGAUAAACACUUGUUUGUUGGACAGCUUGUUAAAACUGUGUAUCUGGAACGUGAUAAAUCAAGCAAAUACUACGUACCAGAAAUAGUAGCAUCACAGCAGUCCUAUCCUCCUUAUUGUGCAGGUGGUGGAUUCUUGCUGUCAGGAUUUACAGCCAGGCAGAUCUACAAGGCAUCUCUGAACAUUACUCUCCUGCCGAUUGAUGAUAUUUACAUUGGGAUGUGUCUGGAGAGGGCAGGACUCUCACCAGAGUCUCACAUAAGCAUCAAAACAGGAGGUCUAAGUGUCCCUUCAGACUCAAUGGAUUCCUUUGACCCUUGCUUCUACAAAGAUAUGCUUUUGGUUCAUCGUUUUUUAUCUUAUGAGAUGAUAGUGAUGUGGAAAGCCAUACAUGACCCUACCCUAGAAUGUGGGAUUUCUGUAAUUUGAAAAAAAAGUCAGUAUACAUCUGAGGAUUUAAAAGUUAUCUUUAUUAAAGUUUUGAAAUGUAAGAACAGUGUCACCCUUUUCUCAAACAGGAGCCUUGCAGGAGAUUAAUAAAUGUGA